AUGGCAACCAAGACGGUGACAUUCCGUUGCCAGGAAGAGGAGAGUCGACAGAUGUCGCAGAGCAUGAAGCUUGACGCCCAGGUCAAGAGGACCAAGUUCCAGUCCAGUGACGAAGAGGCCUCCUACUCCGAAUACUAUCCCAUCAUCCCCGGCGACCUCAUCUCUGCCAAGGAGCUCCUGAACUUUGGCAGCGACACACGCCACAGGACAUGGCGGGUUCUGAGGCGGACCAUAGCGGAUGACGAGCAGCGGAAGCAGGUGAAGUGGACCCUGUUCGGUAACGAGGCCGAGAAGCUGGAGAUGGGCCUGAUCCGCACACAGCGCAUCCUCCGCACCCGGGCCGACCACGAGAGGAUACGCCGAGAGGCAGAGGAGAGGGCGUCGAUCCACAAGAAGUUUGUGGAAGAUCUGAGCAUGAAGCCCCCAGACUUCCCCGUUCCCCUGCGCUGCCACACCGUGUGGGAGGGCAUGGGGGUCAAACUGGCCUGCACUGUGCACGGACACCCACCCCCGCAGGUCAACUGGUACAAAGACGGGGUUCUGCUCAAGAUGUUCCAGCAUCCCUGGAACUACAAACUCCAUCAGUCCCCUGGCCUCAAUGUCCUGGAGAUUCGCAGGUGUUCGGUUGAAGAUGGCGGGGAGUACAAGGCCGUGGCCAAGAGCAGUCUGGGAGAAGCCACCACCUACGCCACGCUGCUGGUGAACUCCUAUCAGGGUUUAGAAUCUGGGUUGGAGUGCUCCUUGAGUGAAAGCCCGGUUCCGGAGCCAGAGGCCCGGUUUGCGUCCGCCUUCCCGCCGUCCUUCACCCGCGAGGGGGAGUCCAUCACGCUGCGCUGCGAUUUCUCCUCGGCCCUCCUGCCCUCCCAGCAGGACGUGGCCUGGUUCUGCGACGGACUUCCUGUCCGUAGUUCCAGCAGGGCGGAGCUACAGACAGGCUCCGCCUCCAGCUCCCUGACCCUGAAGGGCGUGCACAAGGAGCAGGAGGGCGUGUACACGGUCCGUCUGAGCACCAGCGAGGGGGUCAAAGAGCACAAGGCCUACGUCUACGUCACAGACGGGACGUCCCCCACUGUGGGGUCCCCCGCCUCCCCCCUGAGUGUGCGGUGCAGCGAUGUGAACCGGGACUACGUCUUCCUCACCUGGAGCCCCCCCAGUGCGGACGGAGCCGGCCCCGUGCUGGGCUACUACGUGGAGAAGUUUGAUAUGAGCGUGGGGAGGUGGGCGCGCUGCCCGGGGGUGCAGAGGGCCUGCUGCGCCCCGGUCACGGGGCUGAAGGACGGGGGGAUGUACCAGUUCAGGGUGCUGGCGCUCAACCAGGCGGGGGUGGGCCGCCCCUCCAAAGCCACCGACCCCGUCCUCCUGAGCGACCCGGCCGAGCCCGGCAGGACCAUGGUGGUGAAAUUGGACAGGGGAAAGGAGAUUAUCAUCACUAAAGACCAACUGGAAGGUGAAAUUCGGGUUCCCCUCCCCCCCACGGACGUCCACGCCUCUGAGGUGAGGGACACCUACGCUGUGCUGAGCUGGAGCGAGCCGGACCCCCGCGGGAGAGAGAAACUCACCUUCUAUGUGGAGCAGACUCUCUGUGGGAAGGACAGCUGGCAGAUGGCCAGCCUGGAUCAGACCGUCUGCUCUCCCAGGUUUGUGGCGUCUGACCUGCAGCAGGGCGUGGCCUACAGCUACCGCGUGCGCGCCGUCAACAAGUACGGAGUCAGCGAACCCUCCGAACCCAGCCCCCCCAUCUCACUCGCCGCACCUCGAGCCCUGCCUGUCCCGCCCCAUGGGGUUCUGGCCAUCGAGGACACGGACUCCUCGGUUCUGCUGAAGUGGACCGAGGGAAAGGGCAGCGAGGACCUCCUGGGGUACUACCUGUACUACUGCCCAACCGGGACCAGCGACUGGACCACCAUCAACAACAAGCCCACCACUAACACCAGCUUCACCGUUCACGGCUUGAGGAAGAAUAAGGAGUAUGUUUUCCGUGUGAAGUCGGUGAACAGGGAGGGGAACAGCGAGUAUUCCGAGGAAUCCGCACCGAUCCUGGUCAGACCGGCGAUCCGCCUUCCGUCCACACCCUCCUGCCUCGCCCUGCUGAACUGCACCGGCACGGAGAUGGUGAUCGGCUGGAAGGCUCCGAAAAGCAGCGGAGGGGACAGCGUGAAAGGCUACUACCUGGAUCAGAUGGACACGGCCUUCCGGCGCUGGGGGGAGGUCAACGUCACACCCGUCAAGGAGAGGAUCCAUAAGGUCAGCGGGCUGGCCGAGGGGCAUUAUUACCAGUUCAGGGCCAUGGCUGUCAACAUGGCGGGCGUUGGGAAGCCCUCCGAGCCCAGCCAGCCCUUCCUGUGUGAGGAGUGGACCAUGCCAGAGCCCGGCUGUCCCUAUGACCUGGAGUUCCGAGAGGUGCGUGAGAACUCCCUCAUCCUCCUGUGGGAGGGGCCUCUGUACCAGGGGCGGAGUCCUGUCACCGGGUACCUGGUGGAGAUCAUGGAGGAGGGCGGGGAAGAGGACUGGGCCUCGGCCACUCAGGAGCCAGUCACAGACACCAACCUGAAGGUGUCUGCCCUGCAGGCAGGUAAAACGUACCUGCUGCGUGUGUGUGCCAUGAACGAUGCAGGUGUGGGGGUCCCCUCUCUGCCCUCUGAGCCCAUCACCGCCCAGACAAAACCAGGCACGAAGGACAUCGAGAUCGGGGUGGACAACGACGGCUUCAUAUUCAUGGCCUUUGAGUCGCAGGAGGGCGAUGAGUUCACCUGGGCCAAGAACUACAAGGACACCAUCGACCCGGAGAGAGCCACUGUGGAGAACAAGGACAACAAGUCGACUCUGACCUUCAGCGACGCGUCUGAGGAGGACCUGGGGCUGUACACGGCCGCUGUCACUGAGAGCCCCCAGGACUCCGCCAGCUACGACUUCACCGCCGAGGAUCUGGAGAGAAUGCGUGAGCUCAGCUUCCAGGUCCUGAACCCACUGAUCGCCCUGGUCUCCCCCUGGGCGGUGGAGGUGCAGGAGACUGGCGGGGUGCGUUUCUGGCUGCAGACGGAGCCCCUGAGUGCCGGAGCGGAGCUCCACCUCGUCUUCAACGACAGGGAGAUCAGCAGCACCCCGGCCCGUAAGAUUAAUUUCGACAAGGCCGCGGGUCUGGUGGAGGUGCUGAUAGAGAACCUGGCCCUGGAGGACGAGGGCUCCUACACCGCGCAGCUACGUGACGGGCGAGCCAAGAACCAGUUCACCCUGGUGUUCGUGGACGAGAAGUUCCGGCAGGCUCUGGCGCUGUCGCAGGCCAAACGCGCGGACCUGAAGAGGAAGGCAGGACCCUAUUUCUUGGAAUAUUUGUCCUGGACGGUGACAGAGAAUUGUGAGGUGAUAAUCAAAUGCACGGUGACCAACGUCGGCAAAGACACGACUCUGAAGUGGUUUAAGGACGGAGCGGAGAUCAAGGACUUUGAGCACGACCAGCAGUCUGGACACUGCACUUUCAUUGUGGAACAGAUGACGGAGGAGGAGGCAGGAGUGUAUCGGGCCGUGGUGUCUGACAGCAGAGGAGAGGACGUGAGCACACUGAAGCUACUGGAUAAAGAAUUGGAGAAACUUCAACAGCAGCUGUGCAGGCAAGGUGGUCUGUCGGCCAGCCCGUUGAAGCUCCAGCCCACCGCGGAGGGCUUCAGGCUGUACUGUUCUCUGAAGCUGUACCUCAGCUACAUGACCACGGCCUGGUCCUUCAGGGAGAAGAGGAUCGACCAGGAGGCCAGGUCACGGCCGGGGAGCAGCGUGCAGAAGGUCUGGAUCGACAUCCUGGGCCCCACGGAGAGCGACAAGGGGAAGUACCUCCUGGAGAUGUUCGACGGCCUGGAGACGCACAAGCGCACCAUGGACCUCUCCGGACAAGCUUUUGAAGAUGCAAUGCUGGAGUACCAGCGACUGAAGCAAGCAGCCAUAGCAGAGAGAAACCGAGCGAAAGUUACCAGGGGCCUCCCGGACGUGGUGGCAAUCAUGGAGCAUAAGUCGCUGUGCCUGACGUGCCACGCGGAGGGGGACCCCGCCCCGGAGAUGUCCUGGCUGAAGAACGGCCGCGAGGUGGUGGCGGGCGCGCAGUUCACCAUCGCCAGCGACCGGCAGGCCACCACGCUCACCAUCCACGGCGUGAAGGCGGAGGACUCCGGCCUGUACAGCCUGCGCGUGUCCAACAGGCACGGCUCCGACACCGUCCACGUGACCGUCAGCGUGUACCGCCGCGGGGAGCUGCCCCGAGCCGACGCCGUGGAGCUGUAG